CAGAAAAUCCUGAAGUCAUCUGAUAAAGGAACUGAACAACCUGCUGACAUCCACAGUUUAGUCCCCUGUGGAGAUGUGGUUGGUUGCCUGGCUGUUCAUGUGAAGGUGUGCAAAGAUUUUACAUCAAAAUUCAAUAUACAGGAAAAUACAAACUUGCUGCUUCGCAUUACUGUUAACGAAGUCAUGAAAUGCACAAAUCCACAAACUUUCAGAUCACAGUUAAAGAAUAGCAGAAAGGACAUUGUGAUUCAUUUUGAAGAUGUGAAAUAUUUUUCUGUACAGGUUCCAAGGCGGCAACAGGAUGAGCGGAAUAGGAUUAUUCUAGAAUUGGUAGGAUUUCAAGGUCCAAAAGACUUUCCAAGGUUGCUGGGGAGUGCAACUGUACAUCUUUAUGAAGUCAUUAAGAAAGGCCACUUCAUUGAAACAUGUGCCAUGAGGAUUGGAAACAUGGUUUUCUGCACAGCGGAAGUGGAGUUUAUGUUCUGCUAUGGAAGUUUCGGAUAUGGCUACUCGCACCAGCUGCAACAUUCUGAGGCAGAUCUUCGGAAGACCACUAAACAUUCCAUGUUUAUUCGGAUUCCACCACCUGAAGACAGAACAGAUCCUGAAAGUAACAUUACCACAUCACAACACAUGGGAUACCCAGCAUUCUUAUCCCCAGAUCUGAAUGUGAGAGAAGAGACUCUUGAGAAGGAUAUUCCUACAACAUCUGGUGUGUCUUCUGAUGGUUUAGAAAUGCCUCCUCGAAACAGAUUGGAAAAAAUGAAAAAGGAAUAUCGGGGUCUGAAAACAUGGCCCGAAAAGGCUGAGUAUUUAGACCAACUCAUCAUGAAAAGGGGACCUAAAAUGACAACAGAGCAGAAUAUGGCUUCUCGCUUCAAGGAAAUGGUUGGAAAGAUACAACAUGCUACCGAGGAAGGAAUCAGAAGCUGUUCUGACACAUCAGCUGAUUCACAGUUACAGGAAGAGCAGCUGUCUGAAACUGAGACUGAACCCAGCAAGGAUUUUGACCUGCCCUUGAGAAUUGCAGAGACCGUACUGAGAAGUGUGGAAUCAGAUUUAAGUGAUGCCCAGGAACAUGCAGAAUCUGAAGAAAAUCAUCUUUCUGUUCCCAGAGAGACUGGAAUAUCUGCAUCUACUAUUUCUCAAAAACUGCCGAGGAAAUCUUCAGAAGAUCAAAACAAAAUUGUGGACUCAGAAAGUAUUAUUGCUAUAGCUCUAGAGAGGGAAACAAAAUUGGGAAAUAAUCAUGGUAAAGAAGAAAUAGAAGAUCUGGAACCAGCAGGCAUAUCAUCAAAGAGGCCUGACCUGUCAGGUUUAGAAAAUUAUCCAGUAAUAGAAAUACAGUACCAGCAACCUAUUCUUAGUGGAGACAAGUUUGAACCUUUUUUGAGACAUGUAGGUAGAACACAGUCAAGUGCACAGAAUGAAAAGAAAGACGAUCAAGAAGUGCCUAUUUUCACUCUUCUGAAAAACAAACUUUCAUGUGCAGAGAUUAAAGAAGACCAAGAUCCACCUGUCAAGGCAUCUUCAACAUUUGCAGCUAGAAGUCCAGAUAUUAUUUUAAGCAAGAAUGAUCAGCACCUGUCCAUAUUAAAACUUAUAGAAUCAAAAAUGGAAUUAGAGGAGGAUGAGAUUAACGUUAAAGAAGAGUCCCCAACACAUGCUAUAAGAACAGAUUUGCCAGAGAAAUGGCAAGAAGAGAGACUUUCAGAAAAAGAAAUAAAUUAUGCAGAGAAAAAAGAAAUAGACAUGGAAAUGUUUAGGCAUCUUGAAAAAGCAGUAGAAAGGGCUCUGUGUGAUUUAGGAGAGGUUCCAGAAGUCAGCAUGUACCAGCCACUACAUUCUGCAAGACAUCACACUGCUCCAAGUAUUUGUAGUCAAACUAAAGAGACCUGCAGAGUACAGCCUGCAAGUUCUUACCCAACUUUACUUGAUCCUUCUGUGGUUGAUGAUCCAGGAAAUGCUAUCAGUUCAAAAUUUGAUAGUCUAGACAGUCAAGAGCAGCAGGUGGAAAUGACUUCUGAAAAGUGGGCAGUUGUUUGUAAGAUUGUCCAAAGAAUAUUACAUCAGAACUUGAGACCCCAAAAGGAUGGCUAAUGAACUCAACCACAGACCACUGAUAUGGCUAAGACAAAUGUCAUGAGGAGGAGGAUGUUUCAUCAUCAUCUUCUAACUUUUUUCCCAUUGUAAUGAUAAAUAAAUGUUCUCGCUGCA